AUGAGGCCCGCGGUGCACCUCUCCACGGCAAAAGAGGAGGAUGCCAAGUCUUCUCUUUGUGAUUUCGAUGUUUGUUUUAGUAAUGGGGGGGGGGGGGGGGGGGGGAGGGGGGGGGGGGGGGGAGGGGGGGGGGGGGGGGGGGGGGGGGGGGGGGGGGGGGGAGGGGGGGGGGGGGGGGGGGUCCAUUUCUGGGGGGGGGGGGGGGGGGGGGGGGGAGGGGGGGGGGGGGGGGGGGGGGGGGGGGGGGGGGGGGUUGCAGGGGGGGGGGGGGGGGGGGGGUUGCAGUCAGAGCACCAGCCCCUCACCUGA